AUGGCGGCUUCUCAUUCUGCGAAGAAAUUCUGGAAGCCGGGAUCUGAGGGACCGGGGAUUUCAGAGGAACGAGACCUCAGUUCAGAGACCACUGGGUCCCCUGUCAUCUACAACCCCAACACAGCUCUGUCCAUAGAGAACCAGCGACAGAGGCUCCCCGUAUUCAAGCACAGGAAUAAUAUUUUGUACUUGGUUGAGACUUACCAAACCGUGAUCAUUGUGGGAGAGACAGGAUGCGGGAAAACGACACAAAUACCUCAGUACCUAAUGGAAGCUGGUUGGGCUGCAGAAGGCAAAGUUAUUGGGGUGACACAGCCUCGUCGCGUGGCUGCCAUUUCCGUGGCAGGGCGUGUUGCAGAGGAGCGGGGUGCUCUUAUGGGCCAUGAGGUCGGAUAUACUAUACGUUUUGAUGACUGUUCGGAUCCACAAGCUACAAGAAUAAAGUUCCUUACAGAUGGAAUGCUUGUGCGAGAGAUGAUGGCUGAUCCUUUACUGAAAAAGUACAGUGUUUUGAUGUUGGAUGAAGCACACGAGAGAACACUUUAUACGGAUAUAGCCAUUGGUUUACUAAAGAAGAUUCAGAAGAAGCGCAGGGACCUGCGGGUGAUCGUAGCCUCUGCUACCCUGGAUGCCAAGAAAUUCCAUGAAUUCUUCAACUUGAAUGAAUCCGGUGAUCCCAGCAAAGACACGUGUGGCAUCCUGACAGUCGAAGGUCGGACGUUUCCUGUGGAUAUUUUCUACACCAUCAGUCCUGUGCCAGACUAUGUGAAGGCCACAGUGGAGACUGUGCUUAAGAUUCACGAGACAGAAGAUGAUGGAGAUGUGUUGGCUUUUCUCACUGGGCAGGACGAGGUGGAGAAGGUGUCGUCGCUUUUAGUGGAGCAUGCCCGAACAAUGUCCCGACAAGGCAUGAAGAAACAUCUCAGAAUUUUGCCGAUGUAUUCUGGAUUGCCAUAUGCGGAUCAGAUGAAAGUGUUUGAACGGACAUCCCCUUCUGUGCGCAAGGUGGUGGUGGCGACCAACAUUGCAGAGACGUCCAUUACUAUAAACGGAGUAGUAUUUGUCAUCGAUUGUGCGUUUGUGAAACUGCGAGCCUAUAACCCUCGCUCUGCUUUUGAAUCGCUGGUCGUGACACCAAUCUCCAAAGCGUCGGCGAGCCAAAGAGCUGGGAGAGCUGGAAGAAAUCGAUCAGGAAAAUGUUUCAGGUUAUACACAGAGGAGGACUACGAGAAGCUGCCGGAUGCGACUGUGCCCGAGAUGCAGAGAACCAAUUUGGCCCCUGUCAUCCUGCAGCUCAAAGCAUUAGGCAUCGACAAUGUGCUGCGCUUCAACUUUCUCUCCCCCCCGCCGGCUCAGACCAUGGUGCAGGCACUGGAGCUGCUGUAUGCUUUGGGAGGCUUGGAUAACUAUGGCCGCUUGACUGAUCCCAUGGGUUUGCGGAUGGCAGAGUUUCCCCUCAGCCCCAUGUUUGCCAAGAUGCUUCUUGAGUCUGCGAACUUUGGCUGCUCACAAGAGAUCGUCACUAUUGCGGCAAUGAUGCAAAUCCAGAACCUUUUUGUGGUUCCUCCCAACCAGAAAAAAGUGGCUGCCCGAGAGCACCGCAAGUUUGCAGUAGCUGAAGGAGACCACCUCACAAUGCUGAAUGUUUAUGAAGCGUUUAUAAAGCAUCAAAAGAGCUCCCAGUGGUGCCAGCAACACUUCCUGAAUUACAAGGGGCUGCAGCGAGCACUGACUGUACGAGAACAGCUCCGACGUCUGAUGAACAAAUUCAAGGUUCCAAAGACGUCCAGUGAAGGUGACCCAGAUGUGAUCUUGAGGUGUAUUGUAUCUGGGUUCUUUGCCAAUGCUGCCCGCAUUCACCACUCUGGAACAUACAGAACUUUACGGGACGAUCGUGAGCUGCAUAUUCACCCUACUUCUGUGCUAUUUGGAGAGAAACCACCAAAAUGGGUCGUUUUCAACGAAGUGGUUCAAACAACAAAGUACUACAUGCGGGACGUUACAGCGGUGGAGUCGUCCUGGUUGGUUGAGCUGGCUCCUCACUUUUACAAACAGGCUAAGCACGGCUCCCUGGCCAGUAAGCGCUCUCGGGUGUUGUAA